AUCCUCAAGCAAAACAUGAACAAAUAUCUUCAUUAUUUAUUAACCGUGGAGAAAUCAGAGCUUGGUUAUGAUCCAUAUAACCCUGAGCUUCCCAAGCCUUCGACCCAAAUAGUGAAUGGUGCUUUGGGUGACAUUACAGUGUCAACCCCUAGCAUUCUGCAGCUGGAGUUGGUCAACAAGGCCAUUGAAGAGGUAAAAUAUGAAGUUGAGAGAGAGCAGAAAAAGUAUGAGGAGCUAUUGGAGACAACAAAGGAAUACAGCACAUCUGAGGCUACUUCGCUUAUUUCCAAAACACCUGUAUCAGCUGCUGUGACAAAAACAGACUCUUUAGAAUAUAACCCAGGUAGCUAUAACUUGAAUAAUAACACAGACUACAACCCUACGCCUUUGGCUGCUGCUAGUUCAAGUAAAUACACCUUGGAUACUUUUGAUAAUGCAAAAUCCAAAGGCAGUUCAUUGGAAUACGUUCCCAAGGUUGUGGCUCAGCCUAAAAAAUACAGUAGCGUUGUCACGAACAAUAAGUAUGUGAUUGAUGACUCCAAGCCUUCUACGGACUUGGAAUAUGACCCUCUUUCAAAUUACUCAGCAAGGCUUUUGAGCAAAGCCUGCACAAAGGAGCAGAAGGGGACCAAAAGGAGAAAGGUCUCUAGUCAUGGAGAAUCUUAUUCUCCUUCACGCAAAAAGCACUGUAAUGUAUCCAAUAACUAUGGAACGUAUGCCAAAUUCUCUGACUCUGAAGAGGAUGUCGACUUGGAAUACCAGCCAACCUCCGUUAGCCGUUUACAAUCUAAAGUCAGUUCUGAAAAUGAAUCAAGUGAUGGGUUGUCCAUCAAAGAAAAGAGCACCAAACUGGAAGACCUAAAUUCCCGGGAGAUGAAAGAAAUGGCAGUGCAGUAUGACAUGGAAGAUAUUGAAAGUCCACAGAAAAAUCUUGUCAAAGACUUGUCGGAGAAGAAUACAAAAUUGGCAAAGGCAUCUUCUGGCAAGAAUGAUCAGGAUGUUGAAGAGAAAGACAGCAAAGAGAUUGCAAAAGACAAAAUGAAAAAGAAAAAAACAGAUGGCAGGAAACCCCCUUGCCACAAAGAGAUGGGCAAGAAGGAGAAAAGUAAAAACACAAAGAAAGAGAGAAUAGUCAAGAAAGAAGAAAAAUUAAAAAUUAAAAAUGGAGAAAAAAACUGUAAAGAGAAAAGUAUCAAAGCAAAACCAGACGGGAAUUCGAAGAAAUCUGAAAAAGAGAAAUUGGAAAAAGUGGCUAAGAAAGAGAAGUCUAAGUCCACCAGUUGUGCAGCCAGCUCAGGGAAGAGCAAGAAUGAGGGACUCUGUAAGGGAGCUAGCACAGAGAAGCUGGAAGGUAGCAAGAAGGACUCCGUGCUAAAGGCAGCUGAUCUGAAAAAUGGCAAACAAGCCUCUAGCGAUAAACACAAAGACAAAGGGGGCAAGACUUCUGCCUCUGAUCGUCCAAAAAAGAAGGCAAGCCCUGCGAAAGUGGGGAACUCAAAAGGCAAGUGUAAGCCGAAACAGCGGACAUUGAGCCACGUGGACCUUUUUGGAGAUGAGAGUGGGGAGGAGGAGAAGGUGGGCCAAUCUCUGGCUCCAUUUCCAAACAUGAGCUCAGACUCCGAUGGCGAUGAUGGCUCCUAUGGUUUUCAGAGUGAUAAUGAAGGGACAAAGAGCAUUCAGCGCUCCAAGCUGUCCAAGUCAUCUUCAUCCUCCUCAGCCUCUGAUGACAUUGAUUAUUCCGUCCUGGAGAAAGAUUUGGAUUAUGACUCUGACCCCAUGGAAGAGUGCCUCAGAAUUUUUAACGAAUCCACGGAUGUGAAAACAGAAGACAAGGGAAGGCUAGGGAAGCAGCCACUGAAAGAAGAGGCAAGUGAAGAAAAGAUGGAUGACGCUUUAACCACUCUAUUUCCUGGCCAAAAAAGGAGGAUCUCUCACCUUGCCAAGCAAGGAAACGCAGAUGUCCCGAGCAAACCAGUCAUCCGGCCGUACCGCCCACCCACUGCCCAGGAGGUCUGUUACCGGAGGAUUCAGCUGGCACAGCAGCAGGCGGCACAGCUGGCUGUGGCAGUCCAAAAGGCCUCUCUUGCCUUGCCAGGAGAAAAGAAAAGGAUUGCUCAUGUGCCAAAUGUAGCACUUUCCACAGCAGCAAAGCAGAUCACUGUGGGCAUUAAGAAAACCAUUCCAGUCAGCAGCGUUACAGCCCCCAAUGGCUCUGAGGCACCUGCUCUUACCCUGAAGGCCCGGACGCUAACUGGCAUGACGUCUAAGACAACUACUACUGCUUUCCAGAAAAGAAUAGCACACGCUCCCAGUCUACAGAGCGCUAGUUUAAAGAGGCCCGUUAUUCCCACUGAGUUUGGUGCCAAAGUCCCAACCAACAUUCGCCAAAGGUACCUCAAUCUCUUCAUUGACGAGUGCCUGAAGUUCUGCUCUUCCUCACAGGAAGCGUUUGACAAGGCUCUAUCGGAGGAGAAGGUGGCUUAUGAACGCAGUACCAGCCGGAACAUCUAUCUGAAUGUGGCAGUGAAUACGUUAAAGAAGCUAAGAAGUCUAGUGCCCAAUUCCCCGCCUUGUGUAAACAAGACCAGUAACAGGAAGGUGGUGUCCCAUGAAGCUGUGCUAGGAGGGAAACUCGCUGCUAAGACGAGCUUUACGCUAAACCAGUCAGGGAACUUGCGGGCGGAGGACUUGACAGGAGCUGCUUUGUACAGAAGACUGAAGGAAUAUCUCCUGACGGAAGAGCAGUUGAAGGAAAAUGGUUACCCAAUGCCACAUCCAGAGAAAGCCGGCCGUGCUGUUGUUUUCACUGUGGAAGAGAAGAAAACGACGGACUCUUCAUGCAGGGUUUGCUGCCGCUGUGGUACUGAAUACAUGGUCUCAGCAUCUGGAAACUGCAUUCGCAAAGAGGAGUGUCUCCAUCACUGGGGAAGGCUACGCAAGCAGCGAGUGCCGGGGGGCUGGGAAACACACUACAGCUGCUGUUCAGGAGCUGUGGGUUCACCAGGAUGCCAGGUGGCCAAACAACAUGUCCAAGAUGGCCGGAAGGAGAACCUGGAGGGUUUUGUGAAAACUUUUGAGAAGCUGCCUACUACCAAUGGCUAUCCAGGGAUCUACGCCUUAGACUGUGAAAUGUGUUACACCAAGCAAGGACUGGAGCUGACGAGAGUAACCGUGAUCAACUCGGACCUGAAAGUGGUCUAUGACACCUUUGUCAAACCGGACAACAAAGUGGUGGACUACAACACCAGGUUUUCAGGUGUGACGGAGGAGGACCUGGAGAACGCAAGCAUCACCCUGCGAGACGUGCAAGCUGUUCUAUUAAACAUGUUCAGCGCAGACACGAUUUUGAUAGGACACAGCUUGGAAAGUGAUUUAUUUGCACUAAAGCUUAUCCAUAACACAGUGGUGGAUACUGCAGUUGUCUUUCCCCACCGGCUGGGUUUGCCUUACAAACGAGCACUCCGGAUGCUGAUGGCCGACUACCUCAAGCGCAUCAUCCAAGACAACGGUGAGACUUCAGAGACUGGAGAAACGGGAACGCUGCUUUCCCAUCUAAUUCCACCUACACUGCGAGGUCCUCCACUCCUCUCUCCCCUUCUGCCCUUACCACCACGUGUGCCCCACCAAGUGGAGAUUGGGGCCUCACCGUGCUAGGUGCAGUGCAAACUCCUAGUCAGACAGUCCUUGCCCCAAACACCUUUCACUCUUACAAGACGAUACAAAGGGUGGGAGAAAGGAAACGUUAUUGUCCCUGCAUUGCAGAUGGGAAACGAGGCACAGAGAGUAAGUGACUUGCCCAAGGCCAGUGGCAGUCUAUAGCAGGGCUGGGACUCGAUCCCACGUCUCCUGAGCCACCCUUCCUCUUUGUUCCCCUGUCUCGAAGCUGCAAGUCAUGUCCCCGUUCACGCUGAGACCAGCCCACGCACUAAAGCACAGCAGCGCCUCUCCUGAAAGCCCACGUAGCGAGCCUGCUAGUGAGUCAUGUUCACGUGUCUGUCUAACUGCACGGGAGCCAUCGCGGCCUCUAGACUGUAAAUCCCUUUGAGCAGGGAUCUUGCUCUCAGGCCUGGCUGUUGUUAAGCACUCUGGAUGUUUUCAGCACUACAUAAAUAACCUUGCAGGGCAGAGCAGUAGGACGUUUUUCAGAGCUCUCGCUUGAUCUUUCAGGCAGGGGAGAAUUGAGGAGCCAGGGGUGAGAUCAGGUCCUAAACCACCCUUUCCACCCCUCCGCUUUUGUCAGGCUCAGAAUGCUUCAAGCUGAGCCUUGUUCUGGUGCCAAAGUCAGGCCAUUCUGAUGGGGCGGGUGCAGGCUCCAGCGCCCGCUCCUCCUCUGAGGCGUCUGCCGGCCCCACAUCCAGUUUCUGUAAGGCAAGUGUCAGCGGUUGCCUGCUCCUUGUGCAGAGGGGUCUAGCGAGCCGAUGGUGGUGCUGAGAUGUCAGGGGAAUUCAGCUGCGUGAGCCACAUAACCUCCCCUGGUACUUCUGCCCUGCUCUCGGGCGUGUGAAAUUCCCGCUGGCAUCUGUCAGCUCAGAGUUUCCCCUGAAGAGUGUAACUGUCUCUGCUGCGUUUUGCUCUGGACUCCUCCAGGAGACUGUCCUGAGGCCUCCCUCUGAAACGAGGUGCUCCAAGGAUGGGCUACGCU